AUGGGGUCGUCCUCUGCAGCUGCAGUUGCAGGCACAAUAUUUUCGGCGAUGAAAAGGCUCUUUAAGCUCGACAAAGUCACCGGAGGAGCGAGCGUGGAGCUGUGGGUGGUGAUCACUGCGCUGCUACUGGUGAUUCGGUUCCUCAUCGAGUCCUCCGGCGCGCGAGUCUACACCAGCAAGUUCACGACGGCCACCGUCCAGGUCCUCUCCCUGCUCAACUACAACAUGGUGCACUACACCAUUGGGCAGAUGCAGCUAUCGGCGGCGCGGGUGAACGACUACUUCCAGGUGUGGGCGGUGCUCCUGGCCACCCUGCAGUGCAGCGUCAAUGUCGGGCGCCCGUACAGCAGGUCCAAGCAGAUCCCUUUGCUUGACAUCAUGUCGUCGUUGUGGGCGGCCAAUCUCCUCCGCGUGCAGACCGUCUCCCACCUCAAGUUCCCUCUGUGGUUGAUCUGGGCACUCAACGCAGCCCGGGUGGUCUCCUAUUUCUUCUCCUCCAACAAGGCAGAGGCAGGCAACGAAGGCAACACGAGGCUCGUCGCCGACUACAUGCGGUACGAGCACACGCUCUCUGCAGGCAAUAAUGGCAACGCCAGUUCUUCUUCUUCUUCUUCUUCUUCUUCCACCAUGUGCGGGUACAACUACUUGGUUCAUGGGGAAGACAAGCUCUCUAGAGAAAUUCUUCAACAGGAGCGGAAAGUCGGAUCUGGCAACUACAGGAUUCAGCUCAGCCCAGGACACAAAGACCUCAUCACCGUGGAGAAGAUAUGGGUCGUCGGCGGAGACGGCGGUGAGUGUGGUUUGCUGGGCAAGACCGGAGACGCCAAGAACCGACUGAAAGAUGCAAGUCUCUCGUUCGCCCUUCACAAGCUGCUUCGUCGCCGGUUCUACGACCUCCCCAUACACGAGGACACGGUGGUAGCAGCUCGAGAUAAGAAGAGGCGGCUUGUCUUUGAGUACAUCCUGGAGAACACGGAGAACUACGAGAGAGCAUUCCGUGUCACUGAGGUAGAGCUGUCCUUCCUCCGGGACACAUUCUACAACAGGCAUGCCGCUGCAAUAUUCGCCGGUGGGUUCCCGUUCCUGAGGAUGAUUCUGUCUGUGUUGCUGAUUCUGGCCAUCGGAUAUAUCGCAUACCCUGUUGGUCAUAUACCCCAGAGAAUUGAUCCUAAUGACAAGAACCGCAUCGUCCAUGGAGUGUUCGCCACCCGAUUCUUCAUCGCCAUCAUUAUCGCCAAAGAGCUGUGGGAAAUCUAUAUAUAUGUAUUCGCGCCAUGGACAAAGGUUCAGAUGAUCUGCAUGUAUAUCCAGCAUCAAUGUUUGCGGCGGCCGCUGGUUGAGAAGUUUUGGAGGCUGCUUUUGUGGUUUAUGCCCACAAGUAAAUGGAAACGUCAGAUCCGUCAGUACAACCUCUUGAUUUCAGCUCGCAAUAUAUUGAAGAAUACGUCGACAGUCAAGCUGAGGGCAGAGGUACAGAAGGCUAUAUUUGAUUCAUUCAAGCUGCUGCAGCAAGAUGAGCAGAGGUUGAACUACUUGUCAAAUGCCUUCGGAUCAAAUCCAAACCUUUUCAGUGACCUGCAGUGGACACGCGGACUGGAGACUGACACCCACAGAAUACUGCUCUGGCAUAUUGCGACAGGCGUCUGUGAGAUUAAACUCACGGAUGAUGCCAGACAGCGUCAGGUUUACUGGAUGCGAUCAAAGCCACUGAUCAAGGAGUCGAAACUUUCCAGAGAUUUGUGGGAAAAUUACAUAACGGCCGUCAGCAUAUCCAACUACUGCGCGUAUCUGCUUACCCAGAGGAUGGUACCAGAGAACGGCCUUGUUGCUGACAGAGUAUUCGACGAGGUACGCCGGGAAACAAAACGUGCUAUUUUUCUCCAAGAUCGGCAUGUAAGCUUGCAAACGAUCUAUGAUAAACUCGUGGAGAUCGCUGCUUCCAAAGACAAAACACGAAGGCCUGGCGAAGGCGAAGCCCCUGUGGAAGAAAACCAGCAACAAGACGGCGCCGUUGGGAUAGCCACUGAGGAGCAGAUGUUCCAAGCAGAUGGGGUUAUUGAUGAAGAUCCUGAGGAAGGCAACAAUGGUGACAAUUUUAGAGUCGUCGACGAGGAACCCCACAACGAAGAGCCUAACAAUGGCGGACCCAAUGGAGACAACAACGGCUUUGACAACACCAUAAUUAAGAUGGCUUCAGAGCUCGGGGUACAGCUGAUUGAUGCAUACACAGAUGAGGACCAGGAAGGCCUCUGGAGGGACCUGGCAAAGUUUUGGACGGGAUUCCUCCUGCACUUGGCAGCGUCCACAAGAGCAGCCAAGCAUAUGACCCAUCUACCAAGAAACGGAGAGCUCAUAACGCACCUGUGGGCUCUCCUGUCCCACGCAGGUUACGUUGGGAAUGUGGGCCACGGGCACCAGCUCCUGGACCCAGAAGACCUUAACGACGUGGACCCACUCAGCUGA